UUGCACGACAGGGGUCAGGAGGUGGUAGGUGCUCUCAGGACCAUCAUUUACCAAGCUUUGCCACCGUAGUGGCCUUGUCAUAUUCAGCGGGGGGUCGCCGUCAGGGUUCUUUUUCUGUUGCUCGUCAGGGUUGUCUGUCCCUCGCUCGGUCUCCCUGUUCGGAAUCUAGGGGAGGCAAAGCUACCUGCUGCAUCAUCGUCUCCAGCCGAGGGCUUGAACCUUCGUGUCUCCGUGUUUUCAGCGGAAAGAAACGGGUAUGCAAGGGCAACCAAGUUCCGAGGAGUUGGAGACGCUUACAGCACGGCCACGAGAGGCCGCGCCGCACGUGCGUAGACGGGCAGUGGGCGCAGACUGGCGCUCGAGGCAGGCCGAUCCGCCCAAGGCGGGUCUGGCCGAUGAUGUCGGGGACUGCAUCCUGCUGUUCGGGGGGUUCUGCAAUGGCAACAUGGGUGAUGUGGUGCAACCAAUCGCGAUGCAAGACCUCCUAGCUUCUGUCGCGCCGGGCCAGUGUUUUUGGUACGCACACCCGGUCGAAGAAGACCUCGAAAAGGGUUUCCGCAUCGGCGAGUUUUUUGGCGGGGACGACUCGAAGUUGAUCCCCCUCACGCCCGACGACGCUUGGAAGGUAAAUCGGUUCAAGGCCUUGGUGAUCGGCGGCGGAGGGAUUUUCGCAGCGAUCCAUCGGCCCUUGCAAAACGACCAGUUCGCAGAGGCCUUGACCCUGCCGAUAGUCGUGAUGGGAGUAGGAGCAUCCUACCGCGCGAAGGCCUACAGCAAGCUGGUGUCGAAGGCGGUGUUCGUGUCCGGCCGCGAUGAGAAAUCGAUCAAUACUUUCAAGUCCAUGCUGGGGCUCGAUCCCAACGCGACCGUGGCCCCCGACGACGUCGCUCUCGUGAGGGACCCAGUGUUGAGCGACAAGAUGCUGUCCGACAAAGAGGGUAGCUGCUGGAAACGGAGCGCAGGCGACGAUCAACAGCCCCUUUGUUUCGUAGUACCUGCGGCCAACACGGAGGAUACAAUUGAGAUGCACGAAUACCUGCUCAACGCUGUGAGGCAGGGCGACAGGUUCAUCAACGUUUUCCCGAAGCAUCAGAAGGAGAUCGAAAAGUUCGCGUACCCCGGCCCAGUGGAGCAAAUCGUCGAUCCGACGGAGUACGUCGAGCAGCUAUGCACGUGCAAGGCGAUCAUCUCGACCAGGCUCCACGGCGUGGUGCUGGGCCUGCACAUGGGCGUGCCGACCUUCGCCGCUUUCCGUUUCUCCUCGGGCAACAAGGUGCCCGACGUCAUGGCGCGCGCCAUGUCCCUGCCCGACCAGUUCCUCCAGAUCGACGAGAACCUGAACCGCGAGCUGGUGAACGCGGCAGUUAGUCGCGUGAGGUUGUUCUACGAGGAAGGAGAUCGCCGGGCGGUGAUCCACGACCGGCUGUCCGUGUUCCACGACGAGUUCCUCGUGCACGCGCGCCACGUGUUCGUCGACGUCCUCGGGGUCGGGGACCAGCAGCAGCAGCAGCAGGGACCGGAUGUGGCGACGGCUGUACAACACGCUCAGAUCGACAACGGACUGCCGGCGCCGCAGGUGGCAGUGGGCGCCGCGGCGGCCCUGAACGGCACACCGGCGGAGCGGUCCGCGCCGUCAUGGUCGCACCAAAUGAUGCCGGCACCUGUCGGCUUGGACUGCGGUGCCGCCUUGUUAUUGCUGUUCGCCAUCGUUGGGUUGGCCGCCUUGCCCCCGAAGACGGGCGGUGGCCGCGGUGGGGGUCGAAGCCCACGGGUACUCAAAUCGGACGCAGCCAAUGGAGACAAGAAGGGUCUCGUUGCCGUCAGCGGCAUGGAGCCUGCCCUAUGGAAGGCCACCGCCCACCAAGAAAUGGAAGAGUACAGCGGCAUGACCGAUGCAGUCAGCCCUUCCAGCUCCAGAGAUUCCGAGCUGGGUUCCCGAGACUCUCUGUCGCCAGCACAACGAAGCCCCGGCGCGAAACCGUCGGGAUUCCCAGCUACCAAGACAGGACCGCCUUUCAACUUGCUCUUCGCGCUCAACUUCACCCUGUGGAUAGCUCUGGCGGUGGCCUUCAGCAGUUACAGCAAGUCCUACCUUCGGGAUACGCAGGACCCCGUGGGUCUCCUCGUUUUGCAGGGGUCGGUCGGGGUCGUGGUCCUUUGCGCUCUCGGACGACUGGGCUCGGGCGCCACCGACGAAGGGCGCGCAGGAGGCUCGGUCAGUGUGCUAGGCCAGCUCAUGCAGCCGUUUGCGGCUAGUCGACUGGUCGGGCUAGCGGCGAUCCUCCACACCUGCCAGGCCCUUCUCACGAGCUUCUCCGUGUUCGUUGGCGGCGUUGCCGUGACGAGCGCACUCAAGGCCACCGAGCCGGUCGCUGCCGUCGCGCUCUCGUACUUUAUCCUGGGCAAGACGGUCCACCGCGUCAAGCUGGCGUCGCUUGCGGUCAUCAUGGCGGGAAUCGUCUUGUUGACCACGAAAAGCAAGUCCGCCGCAGGAACCGCCCGCGAGGCAGCGGAUGAGGGAGGAGCCACGCCCCACAGCCCAGUGGUGCUGGCAGCGAUGUUCACCAUGGCGGCCGUCUGCUGCAACGCUCUUCGCAACGUGCUGAUCAAGAAGGGCGACCCUGUCCCACCGCGUCAGACCCUCCUGGCCUGCAGCUCGGCAGCGGCGGCGAUCGGCCUCAGCCUCAUAGCGCUCAGGGUCGUGAUGAGGAGCAUGGACGACCUGCUCCUAGGCCCCGCUCCCGGAGGCGUGGUCGAUGCCGCGGAUGCCGCCCGUGAGGGCAACGGCGCGAGCUGGCUGAGCAUGGAGGGCGUCAACGCGGCCCUCUGCUUCGUCGGGUACAACCUCGCCUCGUUCAACCUCCUGGCUCAGCUCAGCCCGGUGGGCCACGCCGUGGGUAACUCCGUCAAGAGGGUGUUGAUGUUCGGUAGCGGGAUCCUGCUCAUGGGGGAGGUGAUGACAGGGCGGCAGCUCGGAGGCACGGCCGUAGCCCUCACAGGCGUCCUUGUGUACAAUCUCGCUGGGUCUACCGGGUAGUAUCGCUGCGAGGUGUGGGAUGGAUGGGGGGUGGGGGGGAUGGAUGCUGCUUGGCGUGUUCGCUGAUAGCUUGGAGUUGCGGCGUGCAUGCACACGCUAGAAUGCAGGUGUGGACGAAAGCUUGUCGGUUGCGGCUGUGAGUUUGCAGGCAACGCAUUGCUCCCGGUGAAAGGCCGUGCAAUGUCAGUGCCACGCAUGUCCGGGGCAACGGUUGCCGUAAAGAUCAGCCCUUGUCUGUAUGAAAUGCACGAGCUUAUCGAUGGCGCUGUGGGCAGACUACGGCGUGCGGCGUGUGUGCUUGAUGUGAAAAGAAUGCGAAGGCGCUCGGACGGGGUAUAGCUGUCAUAUUUUCAGAUGGAUGUGAGUCGCCAAACCUUGUGCGUGGUGGGUGUUGCCUGCAGUUUCUCGGAGCGUGCUCUGUCGGCGGCUGACGAUUUUCUUGCAGGAACCUGGGGCGUCUCAGGUGGCGGCAUUUUCCCAAUAGGUCGGAGGUAUCUGCCAGGUGAAGGGCGAGCCUGCCUGGGUGUAGCAUGGUUUUCAUGCCUUCUUUGUGGAAGGGGCGUCGGGAGAUGUUAAUGUUAUUUAUGAAGUAAUCAACCCUCUAUUUCCUGAAGUUGAUCAUUUUCUCCUUGUCCUCCAUUAUUAUCAAGUGCGUUACAUGGUUUAGGCUUUUGGGGUANGCCAAACCUUAUGCGUGGUGGGUGUUGCCUGCAGUUACUCGGAGCGUGCUCUGUCGGCGGCUGACGAUUUUCUUGCAGGAACCUGGGGCGUCUCAGGUGGCGGCAUUUUUCCAACAGGUCGGAGGUAUCUGCCAGGUGAAGGACGAGCCUGCCUGGGUGUAGCAUGGUUUUCAUGCCUUCUUUGUGGAAGGGGCGUCGGGAGAUGUUAAUGUUAUUUAUGAAGUAAUCAACCCUCUAUUUCCUGAAGUUGAUCAUUUUCUCCUUGUCCUCCAUUAUUAUCAAGUGCGUUACAUGGUUUAGGCUUUUGGGGUGUCUACACGUUGGGUGUGCAACGCCGCGAAAGUGGUCAGAAACUUCCCGUAUCGAUCCGAUCGGGCACUUUGUCGAAUAGUGCGGCCUGCUGCUCUUCCAAAGUCGACAGUAUCUAGGGGCAUUUCAUUAACUAGUACCAUGUAAUUUGCAAGGGAAGUGUGCAUUGUGCGGGUAGAAGCAUUGCAACGCGUUACGGGGUUGGCAGUCUGAUGUACAGUAGUACAUGCGAGGCUGGAGAGCCUGAAGUAGAGGCACUAUCGCCUCGUGCAUGUGACGCUAGAGAGCCUGAAGCAUAGGCAGAGCGUCUGGUUUUUUCCCAAUGCCUCAUAGCUGCGUUGACGUUGGGCGUUUCCUUUUCGGUCGCCUUUGGAGUCCCCUUGGACGGUCGACAUCGUGACCUCGUUGUAUCGAAUGUACGAUAUGCCGCUCGAUGGACGGCGGACGGAUAGAUGUGGUGCCUCUCGUCUUGACAGGUUCAUUCUGUGUCUCAGCUGUAUCAUUGUCCUUUGCUCCAUGGAUGUCGUGACGUGUUUCACGGCAUUGUUCCUGUUCAGCCGUUCUCGCGCUGUUCGCCUUUUCACUCGAGCGUCGUAGUUUGUUUUUUUCGCGUGCCUGUUCUGUGUACUGGAGUCGAGUUCCAAACACGAGCAAUGAGGUUUGAAGCCAUUGCAAUAGAAGGAACUCAUUAUGUACAAGUAGCUCGCAUAUGGUUGAACUACCGUACGUCGCAGAAGAUGCAACAUGCCCUGGAAGGAACGUCAACGCCCGAUUACUCCACGACGAAGAGGAUGAAAACAUCGGGUGUUGCCUAUUUAGGGAAGCGCGUGACAUGACGGCUCCAACGCCGCAAAUGUCGGCACUGGAAGUCCUGAGUUGCUGGAGAGUAUUCGAGCGUAGUACACCGAUCGGGUUUGGGUGUGGAACUGAAUGUCGUACGGUGUAGACUAUGCGUGGUAGUCAGGUCGCGCGUAACAGUAGAGUGAUGUUGUUCCUGAUGGUUGCGUUGUAAUGUCAUGUUUUGUUUGUUUUGUUUUGUUUU